CGCGGUGCAUCAUGGGGGAAAAUAAAGUUGUUUGGGAAAUCAGUUGUAACCAUAGACUGUAAAAAUAAAUCGGAGCUAAACCUUUCUUCAAAUACUAUCACUAAGCAGACUUCUUAUGUCUGGAGGAAGGAUGCCGAACUGUCCUGCUUCUGCGUCCAAGGGUUUCAGCUCUACCCCGGUUAAAGCUAACCCGGGAAGAGACUACCACACAUCUAAGGACAACGGCGUCCUAUCCGACGACGAAGACACCUUUUCGUUGCUUUCUCCAAUCUAUCAUGACAGUUUUGACAGUGAAGAAGACCUGGAGCACAGUCCGGCUCAGGAGACUUCACCCAGGCUCAGCGUUUCACCAGUCCGAUGUGAACUACCAAGAACACCCUCUGAGCAGAUGGAGCCUGCAUGCUCACCUUCUCACAGUGCAUGGGAAAUGUGGCUGGUAAACAAAGCCAAGGAGGAACGGCUCAAAUUGGAAAAGAAAACAGAGGAGGAGCAGUUACUUAAGGAAAACCAAGAAAAGCAACACAGGGAGCAAGAACAAAAAAAAAUUGUGAUGGAGGAGAGAAUCCACGGAUGGUUAAAGAUGAAAAGAGAACAGGAGAAAAACAAGCAAUUUCUAAAACAGUGCAAAGAGGAGGAGGAGUUUCAGAGGCAGCAGGAGAAGCAGAAGGAGAUUGAACAGAAAGCUCAACAAAAAUACAAAGACUGGCUUCAGAAGAAGAACCAAAGACAAAAGGAAAUGGAAAACAAGGCAAAGGAGGAAGCUGUCCUGAAGGAGGAACAGGAGAGAGAUCGCCGCUGUAGGGCAGAGGAGAAGUUUCAGGAAUGGCUAAAGAAAGCUGAUGAAAAAAGCAGAGCAAGUCCCAAAUCACCUUGCUUCAUAACAGGUCCCUACGAAAAAUUCCUUCCUUCACCAGGCUUCUACAAUCCAAUCCCCUGGAAACCGAUUCAUGUCCCUCCUCCAGAAACAUCAGUAGAUAAGACAUCUGACAAGAAGAAUUUGAAACAAAGAAAAUGUCAACAGAGACUGAGACACUCUAUAAGUGCAGCACAGUUGCAGCAGAGAAGAUGACACAGCAGAUUGGUGUCUAUGACUGAAGUAUGGAAGCUUAGCCAGUACUCAAACAUGAUUACAUCAUAACUCACUCAUCCUCACCUCUAUAGCUCCGGAGAUGACUCUGCUGAAUGAGACAAGUAUUUCUGUUCUCUUAAAUAGCUAUGGUGAGAAGGCAAAGUUGUUACAUUUGGUUGUACAUUGCAGAAAUUCUGUAACAAGGCACUAGUUCAAGUUAGUUUGUACUUUAGCAUGUAUGAAUUAUUUGGGAAAAAAUUCUGAUGAUUUCAUAAAGAUGUUUAUUUAAUGUCAAGCACAAAUGCUUUCAUUACUGUUCCAUUAAAUGCAUGUAUUU